UUGUGUUUUUAUUCUGCUAUUUAAUUCUGGUUUGUGUUUCUUCUAUGUUUGUGUUUGUUGUUUUGUUUUAAUGUUGUGUUUUUCCGGAAGAUUGUGUUUUUGUGUUUUUAUUCUGAUGUGUUUUUUAAAAUUAUUUUAUGUAUUUUUUGUAGUUCUAAAUUGUAUUCUGAUUUGUAUUUUCCUUCCGGAACUGUUUGUGUUUUUUCGGAUUGUGUUUUAUUUUUUUCCGGAAGGUUCUGAGGUUGCGUUUUAUAUUAGUUUUAAAAACAUGUUUUACAUGUUUUUCUGACAAAUACAAAAACAUGUUUUCCGGAAGCAAAAACAUUAUUGUAUGUUGUAGUUGUUGCAAUAACGUUAUGCUUUUCGAGACGGGAGGUGCUGAGAUGUUUAAGGUUCGAAUCCUUUAGUGGGGUUAAUUAAUUUAAUUUUGUUAUAUUCUUCAUAAAUUUCCAAAUUAAAUUUAAAAAAAAUUAUUUUUCAAUUAAAAAAUUUUUUUGCUUCUAAUUGCCCUCGUAUUCUUCACUAAAAUAUUUUUAUAACUUGAAACAGACGCCCACUACUACCACCAAAACCUUCUUUUUGUUACUCACUUCCGUCUCAAUCUCCAUCCAAUUCACCCUUUUAUUUUUAUUUAUUUUUUCCCUCAAUUUAUUUGUUAGGAAAGGCCAAACACACACAACAAAUCUGUUUUUGGCCAACUGCUUUCUCAAUAA